AUGCUAUUCGAGCUAAUGAGGGACAAGUUUGUGUCAGGAGUUGACUUUGAUUUCCCCCGGCAGCGCGAUGAGGAGAGACAGCCCGGUCCAGAGACAGCCCGGUCCAGAGACAGCCCGGUCCAGAGUCAGUCCAGAGUCAGCCCAGAGUCAGCCCAGAGUCAGCCCAGAGACAGCCCAGAGUCAGCCCAGAGACAGCCCAGAGUCAGUCCAGAGUCAGCCCAGAGUCAGCCCAGAGUCAGUCCAGAGUCAGUCCAGAGUCAGCCCAGAGACAGCCCAGAGUCAGUCCAGAGUCAGCCCAGAGUCAGCCCAGAGACAGCCCAGAGUCAGUCCAGAGUCAGCCCAGAGUCAGCCCAGAGACAGCCCAGAGUCAGUCCAGAGUCAGCCCAGAGUCAGCCCAGAGUCAGCCCAGAGUCAGCCCAGAGUCAGCCCAGAGUCAGCCCAGAGCCAGUCCAGAAACAGCCCAGAGACAGCCCAGACUCAGCCCGGCACACGCACAGGGCUGUCGGCUGCCAUGAGUGGUUGGAUCGUGGGAUGAGUGAGGCUGAGUGGGAGACGCAGAGACGCACACUUAUGCCGCUGGCUGGUUGCCUUCGGGGUCUCUCCGACGCUCGCCCUCGGCAAAGGAAAUCUGAGGAGUUUGGCAUCACGUCAGCGCUGAGGAGAUAG